AUGAGAAAAGUUAUAUCUAUUGAUGGAACUCAUUUGAAAAACCAAUUUGGAGGAAAUUUACUCAUUGCAACUACACAAGAUGGAAAAUUUCAAAUUUAUCCUCUUGUUUUUGGUAUAGUUGAUUAUGAGAAUGAUGCAUCUUGGAAUUGGUUUUUGACAUGCUUACGAGAUCAAGUGCCUGAUACUACUGGUUUAGUGUUUAUAUCUGAUAGACACAAAAGCAUUAUAAAGGGAAUUCGAAAUAAUAUCAAGACAAAAUUCAGUGGUAAAGGUUUGAAAAGGCUGUUUGAGAAGACGACAAAAGCGUACAAAUUUUCAGAGUUCACAAACUUAUUUGUUGAGAUUUCUACAAAAAAGCCAAGUCUGGCAACAUACCUGAAGAAGGCAUCUUUUGAAAGCUGGUCCAGAGGUCAUUUCCAUGUUGACAAGGAAGAUAUAAUGAGACAAAGAUAUGAAAAAUCAAGGUACAUGAGAGUUACACUCAUUAAUCUAAGUAAGUUCCGUGUUAAUGGUGAGCCACUAGAUGAUCUAGUUAAUAUUGAGGAACAUUCUUGUACAUGUCGAGAGUUUGACAUUGAUAAGAUUCCAUGUGCUCAUGGUGUCGCUGCAGCAACGUAUCAUGGAGUAGAUAUUUAUAGUCUAUGCUCAAAAUUCUACAUGACUGAAUUUUGGAGGAUGGCUUAUGCAGAAUCUAUUUACCCUUUACCACUUGAAAUAGAAUGGCAACUUCAAGAAGAGGUUAAGUCUCAAGUCGUUAUCAAUCCAGUGAAGUUAAUUCCCCAGGGAGACCAAAGAAUAAAUGAAUUCCUCCGAGAGGAGAGUUUCCAAGGGAGAAGACUAAUUCUGCACCUGAAUCUUCAUCAAAGAAAGUAA